GCAACUAGAACGACAGACAAUGUGGUGUUCAAUAAAACGAAUCUGUUUCUUCAUAUUAACGUUAAAAUCUCUAGCAAGUUCUUGUGAUUGUGAGAAGAAUCACACAUCGAAAAACGUGACUGGAACAGCGAAAUCAAAGCAAUAUUUUGCAAUUGGAAAAAGAGGUUUAGAUCUUGAUUACUCGACGACAGAAACUAGUAAUGUAAACAUAAGUGUAACAGAAGUUAUUGAAACAACAAAUAGUAAAUUCAAUGCAGCGUUUAAUGUAAAAAAUAUAUCGAAGUCUAUUUUAACAAAAGAUAUGAGAGAAACAUGCCCAUAUUACAUAACCGGUCUUGGGUUUGAUAUAGACAAAAUGGCGGAUGUUUGGCAAACUGCAUAUUAUCGGAUGUCUGAUAGGGUUUCUUGUUUCAAGAUUCAUAUACGGAAAACUUCUGAGAGGGAAAGAAAAAGAAACUUACUAAAAUACGGUAACUUCAAUAACACAGUUGAUUGGAACAGCUGCCUUCUGGAAAUAAAGUCUGGUGAAAGGCCGUAUGCGUUCGACAGAAAACACUUCUUACAAGUAAAUGAAAGUAGUAAAGGAGUUUUCGCAAACGUUAUUUUCGAUGAAAAUGACGACAGAGAAAACCAAACGAAAAUACGCUUACACGAUGAAAGCGCUGACCAAUGGCUGGUUAUAAAGAACCUGCUCCUCAUGAGGGAUUGUGAGAACGGAGACGUAGCUGUCUUCUCUCGGGUACCUCACCAACCACGACUAGAAGAUGUUUGGGAUGCGCUAAAAGUCUUCGGAGAAGUGGCUAUGAACGGAACGCUAGCUUGCCUAGAAGAUGAUAGGGUACAAAGAAGUCGGUCUGGAAAUCUUUGGAGGAGACCUAUGACCAUCAUGGAUACCAUGCGGCUGACGUUGAUGCUGCAGCUGCAGAUGAUGCAGCCCCUGCUGGAUUAUAUAGCUUCUCUCUGCAUGUAA